UCAACCUAGAGGAAAACUUCGUCGCUAAGAAGUCGUCUUACGACGUAACGCGUCUUCUUCCUUUCUUCUUUAUUAUAAUUCACAUUCAAACGGAAGAUCACACAAACCUAUUUGUUUCUCGGUCUCUCUCCUCUAUACAACCUUGUAGCCAGAGCAAAUGGGGAAGAAGCUUGACGCUUUGCUUGGUCGGAGUUUCAAAACCAACAAGUUCAAGUCUCUUCUCAACUUAGCUCUCACGAGGCUCUCUAUCCUCAAGAACCAACGUCAAGUUCGAUGCUCUCAAGCCACCUCUGACGUCACCGAGCUUCUCAAGCUCGGCCACCACGAGAACGCUUACCACAGAGUCGACCAAGUGAUUAAAGACCAAAACACCCUCGACGUCCUCUUCUUCGUCCAUGGCUACUUCACUCUCUUGAUCGACCGUGUCCACCUCUUCGAGCACAACAGAGACUGUCCUGACGAGAUUCUUGAAGCUGUCUCCAGCUUGCUCUUUGCUGCUUCAAGAAUUGGAGAGUUUCCUGAGCUUCAAGAGAUUCGUAACGUUCUGAUCUCGCGUUUUGGCAAAGAUCUUGCUGCUCGGUCCAUUGAGUUGCGCCAUAAUUGUGGGGUUAAUCCAAAGAUAAUUCAGAAGUUGUCUACAAGACAUCCACCGAGAGAGGUUAGAAUGAAAGUCUUGAAGGAGAUAGCUGCAGAGAACAACAUCGUUCUGAAACUAGAAGAAGCUUCUUCUACUUCCACUGAGAAAACAUCAUCAGAUGUUUCUAAAGCUAAGCUAACAAGUGAGGUUAAAGAAGAUGGGAUGGGAGAAGGUUACGAGUUAUCUGAUUCGGUUAAGAGAGGAAAGAAGAAGUACAAGGAUGUGGCUGAUGCUGCACAAGCAGCGUUUGAGUCAGCGGCUCAAGCAGCAGAUGCUGCACGAGCGGCUGUGGAGCUUUCACAGUUUUCUCCUCGUGGUGGGGGAAAUUCAUUUAGUGGUUCUGAAAACAAGAAAACAGAACAAGAACGUAAUGAUGAUGAUGAUCUCCUAGAAGGUGAAGUGGAUGUGAGGUCAGAAUCUAAGGGGUCUAUGUCGGAUUCAGAUGAAAUUAUUGAGGAUGCCCCAGUGAUGUCAUUUAGAGAAGACCCUGUGAAGUUGUUGGAGAAGGAUGUUGCUAUAUACGAUAGUGAGGAAGAAACCCAAUAUACUUUUAAAACCAAUACUACUACUACUAAGGUUAACGAUGAGGAACAUCUUGUGAAUGUUUCAUAUAGAGCACAUGUGAACAACAUGGUUCAUUCUGUUGAAGAUCCUAUUAUGCGUAAAGUGGGUUACAAGGGUCCGAUUUCAGUCAGGACCAGACAGGUUCGUGGAUACUAAGAAGUUUUUAAGUUUUGUUAUUCAGGUGCAUCUUUGAUGACUGAGUUUUGUAAUGAUAUUUUUCUAUGUUCUUUUUUUCUUGGUUAAGGGUAUAAGAUUAUUAUUUUUUAUGGAUAUAAAUAUAAGCUUUCAAUAACGUUGAAAA